AUGCCCAACGUAUGCAUUUUCGAUUGCAGGACGCCAUACGACGUCGCUCGUCAUUAUGUGGACCUGCAGAACGAACGGAACAGUCAAGGAACCAAGAGGUCACACAUCGAGAUGUGCAACGACUCGCAGAUGAUCGCCAAGAACUGGGAGAACAACUGCAAAGAAGAAAGGGAGGAGAGGAGGCGGAAGAAGAAGGAGCAGCAGGACAGGGAGAAUCGCCAGGACAACGACGAGAGCAAGCCACUCACCGAUGAGAAGAAGCAAUCAGUGGAAGUUCGGUACCGCAGGUACGCGGUGGAAACCCACCCCGAGGAAUUCCCGAAAUACGAGCCAUUCUGCGACGCGAAGGAGUCCUACAACAAGAUGGUCACCAUGGGCGUGUGGCAGGAUUACAAGAACUACUGUCGGAAAUUCUGCAAGUUCUCAGACGCGAACCUGGACAGUCGGAAGGUCCUUUUCCUCAACAACGAAGUGUGCAAGCUUUUGAUCAAUCAUGUCAGUUUGUGGCCAGCGUGCUUGCCUCUCCUGGAGUUGAUUAUCCCGACGACUGAUGGCAAGCCGUGGGUCCUGAAGGAGACUGCCCAGUCAAAAAGUUUGUCUUGCCUCCUGCUCCCUUUGAAAGAAUCGAAGACGUUCCAGCUCAGCAUCGCCCCCGCCAAGCAGUUGAACAGCGGGGCCUUGGCGGCGCCGCAGAAAGAAGAGGGGACCAAGAGGAGGGCCAGGCCAAAGGCUUCAGCAAAGGCAAAGGCAAUCGAGAAGCUGUCUGCAACAGUCACUGAGGGGAGCGGCAGCAGGACUGCGACCUUACUAGAUGAUAUGCUCACGUCUCUUAAAUUGAGCAUCCAGGGCGUCAAACAUCCAGACGAUGCAUGUGUGGACCAAGCUUCGGAGUGGUGCUUGGCAUUUGCACUCAGUGAUCAGAAGGGCAUCGUUCUUGAGGUCGGCAAGGCCCCGAAUGUCAAGGAGAAGAAGUUCGCGACAUGGGCUGCACUACGAAAAGUUAGCAAGAAGAAGAAGAUCGUCGAUCACCACUCCUCGUAUGAGCGCGAUGAUGAAGCAGAUGGCCAGAAGGAGGAGGACCCAGAUUUACGUGGAGAUGGAGCUGCUGAUGAAGCCAACUCGACCGACGAAGAGGAUCAUGAGAAACGCGAUGGGCCCGGUGAGCUCGAGGUUGCUAUGAACGUGGUCGGUGUCCUCACGACGUUUCCCAAGGUAGCAAGUCGGACUGCGACUUUCUUGCAGCAGAAUCCACUGAAAGAUGCAAUGACGUUGGCCAUGAAGUCGCACGACGCCCUGAACCGUGUCAGGGUGUUCUUGUGGAGGGAGGUACCUGACAAGCUUUCUGUGCGAUCUGAAAGUGCUGCUGCUACCGCCAUGAGUGACGUCAUCGUGCCUAUGCUACAAGCGAAGAUAUUCGAGGAGGUGCCUCCAGAGAUGAUCCAGCUCGCGUACGUUGUCUACUCUGAGACCGCAGCGGAUCUGUGGGCUGACCGCGAAUGCGUUGAGAUGCACUUGCAACUGAGGGCGCUGUACGUGAAGCAUUGCCUGGCAGAGGUGGUUGAGUGUCUGUUAGCCUGGGACUUCGAGAUCACUGGCGAUGGAGACACUACGGACACUACAUCAUAUAAGGAUUCCUUGGUCACCCUUUGCAGAAGUGGCCAGAAGUUCUUGACGACGAGCCUGGAGGACAUUGCUGUGUUGGACGCGAACAAGUUUACGGCCGCAGAGUGGACAAAGUUCUGGGUCCGAGUGUUCGAGAAGGCGACUCAGCUCAGUUCUGGCCGCCAGGUGGAGAGACGCCAAGAUAAGGAAUGGGAUGAUCUGCAGAAACAGUGGACCGCCCAAAUUUCCAAGACGAAGGUCGAAGAACUUCGAGAGCUGCUGGCGAGCCAGCGUGGAUUGUCCGCUGCAGAGUUGAAGAAGAUGCUGAAGGACCACGUCGUGAAAGAACUUGUUGCAGACAAGCUUGCUGCGGAAAAGAAAGAAGAGGACAUCUUGGCUCAGGAAUGGGCGAAGCUAAAGGACGGCGCUCUCCAAUCACUCACCACCAUGUCUGAGGACGUACCUCGAGAUCAUGCGGAGCGGGAGGGUGAUGAAGGCGACGGCCCUGGCGACAUGGUGAAGUUCGACACCCAGAUGAACUCGCAGGUGGAAGCUCUCUGGACCGCUGGAGUGCAGGCAAGCAUCGCUCAGUCUUGGAUGCUCAGCUGCAUCACAUCACCAGAGUAUGGCGACAAAGGGCUGCGCUGCAUCGCGUACAAGAUGCCCAUCAAGACGGAGGCACAGGGGAAGCCGAUCAAAC